CAGGGCGGGGAAAACCUCCGUGACUUCCCCGCGUCCCAGCCCAGAGCCCCGAGUGUCAGUUCACUGUGGCGGCAGGGGUGGCGGAGCGGGUCUCCAGGGCCAGGGGGCGGCGGGGUCCCGGGAAGGGUGGGGCUCGGGGGAGGCCGCGGGUCCGCCUCCGCGCCGCAGGGCCUGGUGUUUGGGGCGCGGCUCUGCGCUCCCGGGACCUGGGCCGCCAGGCGAGCCCAGUGGUUAGCGAUGCUGCUGUGGCUGCUGCUGCCGCUGCUGCUGUUGCUGGGGGCACCGCGGGGCUGCGCCGAGGGCGUGGCGGAGGCGCUCUCUCCGGAGCGGCUCCUGGAGUGGCGCGAUAAAGGGAUAUUUGUUAUCCAAAGCGAGAGUCUCGAGAAAUGCAUCCAAGCAGGGAAAUCGGUACUGACCCUGGAGAACUGCAAGCAAGCAAACAAGCACAUGCUGUGGAAAUGGGUUUCAAACCAUGGCCUCUUUAACAUAGGAGGCAGCGGUUGCCUGGGCCUGAAUUUCUCCGCCCCAGAGCAGCCGUUGAGCUUAUAUGAAUGUGACUCCACCCUCGUUUCCUUGAGGUGGCACUGUAACAGGAAGAUGAUCACGGGCCCGCUGCAAUACUCUGUCCAGGUGGCGCAUGAUAACACUGUGGUGGCCUCACGGAAGAAUUUUCAUAAGUGGAUUUCUUAUGUGUCAGGUGGUGGAGACAUUUGCAAAUAUCUACACAAAGAUUUGCAUACAAUCAAAGGGAACACCCACGGGAUGCCAUGUAUGUUUCCCUUCCAGUAUAACCACCAGUGGCAUCAUGAAUGUAUCCGUGAAGGUCGAGAAGAUGACUUACUGUGGUGUGCCACGACAAGCCGUUAUGAAAGAGAUGAAAAGUGGGGAUUUUGCCCUGAUCCCACUUCUGCAGAAGUAAGUUGUGAUGCUAUUUGGGAGAAGGACCUCAAUUCACACAUUUGCUACCAGUUCAACCUGCUUUCAUCUCUCUCUUGGAGUGAGGCACAUUCUUCAUGCCAGAUGCAAGGAGGUGCACUAUUAAGUAUUACAGAUGAAACUGAAGAAAAUUUCAUAAAGGAGCACGUGAGCAGUAAAGCAGUGGAGGUGUGGAUCGGUCUCAAUCAGCUGGAUGAACACGCUGGCUGGCAGUGGUCUGAUGGAACACCGCUCAACUACCUGAACUGGAGCCCAGAGGUAAAUUUUGAGCCAUUUGUUGAAUAUCACUGUGGAACAUUUAGUUUGUUUAUGCCAAGUGCCUGGAGGAGUCGGGAUUGUGAGUCCACCUUGCCAUACAUAUGUAAAAAAUAUCUAAACCACAUUGAUCAUGAAAUAGUUGAAAAAGAUGCUUGGAAAUAUUAUGCGACCCACUGUGAGCCUGGCUGGAAUCCUUACAAUCGUAAUUGCUACAAACUUCAGAAAGAAGAAAAGACCUGGCGUGAGGCUUUGCAUUCUUGCCAGGCUGAUAAUAGUGCAUUAAUAGAGAUAACCUCAUUAGCGGAAGUGGAGUUUCUUGUAACCCUCCUUGGAGAUGAAAAUGCAUCAGAAACAUGGAUUGGUUUGAGCAGCAAUAAAAUUCCAGUUUCCUUUGAAUGGUCUAAUGACUCUUCAGUCAUCUUUACUAAUUGGCACACACUUGAACCCAAAAUUUUUCCAAAUAGAAGCCAGCUGUGUGUCUCAGCAGAGCAGUCUGAGGGACACUGGAAAGUCAAAAAUUGUGAAGAAACACUGCUUUAUAUUUGUAAGAAAGCAGGCCAGGUCCUCUCUGAUGCUGAAUCAGGAUGUCAAGAGGGAUGGGAGAGACAUGGUGGAUUCUGUUAUAAAAUUGACACAGUCCUUCGAAGCUUUGACCAAGCUUCCAGUGGUUAUUACUGUCCUCCUGCACUUGUAACCAUUACAAACAGGUUUGAACAGGCUUUUAUUACCAGUUUGAUCAGUAGUAUGGUAAAAACGAAGGACAGUUAUUUUUGGAUAGCUCUUCAAGACCAAAAUGAUACAGGAGAAUACACUUGGAAGCCAGCAGGGCGGAAACCCGAGCCGGUGCAGUACACACACUGGAAUGCUCACCAGCCCCGCUACAGUGGUGGCUGUGUGGCCAUGCGAGGAAGGCAUCCACUUGGUCGCUGGGAAGUGAAGGACUGUCGGCACUUUAAGGCAAUGUCCUUGUGCAAGCAGCCAGUUGAAAAUCAGGAAAAAGCAGAGCAUGAAGAGAGAUGGCCCUUUCACUCCUGCUAUUUGCACUGGGAAUCAAAGCCUGGUCUGGCCAGUUGCUUCAAGGUAUUUCAUAGUGAAAAAGUUCUGAUGAAAAGAACAUGGAGAGAAGCUGAAGCAUUUUGUGAAGAAUUUGGAGCUCAUCUUGCAAGCUUUGCCCAUAUUGAGGAAGAGAAUUUUGUGAAUGAGCUCUUACAUUCAAAAUUUAAUUGGACAGAAGAAAGGCAGUUCUGGAUUGGAUUUAAUAAAAGAAACCCACUGAAUGCUGGCUCAUGGGAAUGGUCUGAUAGAACUCCUGUUGUCUCUUCAUUUUUAGACAAUAAUUAUUUUGGAGAAGAUGCGAGAAACUGUGCUGUUUAUAAGGCAAACAAAACACUGUUGCCCUUACACUGUGGUUCCAAACGUGAAUGGAUAUGCAAAAUCCCAAGAGAUGUGAAACCCAAGAUUCCAUUCUGGUACCAGUAUGAUGUACCCUGGCUCUUUCAUCAGAAUGCAGAAUACUUUUUUCAUAACUUUGCCUCAGAAUGGUCUAACUUCGAGUUUGUCUGUAGCUGGCUACACAGUGAUCUUCUGACAAUUCAUUCUGCACAGGAGCAAGAAUUCAUCCACAGCAAAAUAAAAGCGCUAUCAAAGUAUGCUACAAGUUGGUGGAUUGGAUUUCAAGAAGAAAGAGUCAAUGAUGAAUUUCGCUGGAGAGAUGGAACGCCAGUGAUAUACCAGAACUGGGACACAGGAAGAGAAAGAACUGUGAAUAAUCAGAGCCACAGAUGUGGCUUUAUUUCUUCCAUAACAGGACUCUGGGGUAGUGAAAAGUGUUCAGUUUCUAUGCCUAGUAUCUGUAAGCGAAAAAAGGUUUGGCCAGUAGAAAAAAAGGAAGAUACACCUAAACAACAUGGAGCGUGUCCCAAAGGAUGGCUAUAUUUUAACUAUAAGUGCCUUUUGCUGAAUAUCCCAAAAGACCCAAGCAGUUGGAAGAACUGGAUGCAUGCUCAACAUUUCUGUGCUGAAGAAGGGGGGACCCUGGUUGCCAUCGAAAGUGAAGUAGAGCAAGCUUUCAUUACGAUGAAUCUUUUUGGCCAGACCACUAGUGUGUGGAUAGGUUUACAAAAUGAUGAUUAUGAAAAAUGGCUAAAUGGAAAGCCUGUGGUAUAUUCUAACUGGUCUCCAUUUGAUAUAAUAAAUAUUCCAAGUCACAAUACCACUGAAGUUCAAAAACACAUUCCUCUCUGUGCCUUGCUGUCAAGUAAUCCUAAUUUUCAUUUCACUGGAAAAUGGUAUUUUGAAGACUGUGGAAAGGAAGGCUAUGGAUUUGUAUGUGAAAAAAUGCAAGAUACUUCUGGACACAGUGUAAACACAUCUGACAUGUAUCCAAUCCCUAAUACCUUAGAAUAUGGAAACAGAACUUACAAAAUAAUUCAUGCAAAUAUGACUUGGUAUGCAGCAAUAAAAACCUGCAUGAUGCACGGAGCACAGCUGGUCAGCAUCACAGACCAGUAUCACCAGUCCUUCCUCACUGUUGUCCUCAACCGGCUGGGAUAUUCCCACUGGAUUGGACUGUUCUCCGCAGAUAAUGGUCUUAAUUUUGACUGGUCUGAUGGCACGAAAUCCUCUUUCACUUUUUGGAAAGACGAGGAGUCAUCCUUCCUUGGUGACUGUGUUUUUGCCGACACCAAUGGACGCUGGCAUAGAACAGCCUGUGAAUCAUUUCUGCAAGGUGCCGUUUGUCAUGUGGUCCCUGAAACAAGACCAUCUGAACACCCAGAGUUGUGCUCAGAAACAUCUAUUCCCUGGAUAAAAUUUAAAAGUAAUUGCUACAGUUUUUCUACAGUCCUAGAUGGUAUGAGUUUUGAGGCUGCUCAUGAAUUUUGCAAAAAGGAAGGAUCUAAUCUUUUAACAAUCAAGGAUGAGGCUGAAAAUGCAUUUCUCCUAGAAGAGCUGUUUGCGUUUUGUUCUUCUGUCCAGAUGGUUUGGUUGAAUGCUCAAUUUGAUGAUGAAACCAUAAAGUGGUUUGAUGGAACUCCUACAGACCAGUCAAACUGGGGCAUUCGGAAGCCAGGCACAGACUACUUCAAGCCCCAUCACUGUGUUGCCCUGAGGAUCCCUGAAGGAUUAUGGCAGCUGUCUCCGUGCCAAGAAAAAAAGGGCUUUAUAUGUAAAAUGGAGGCAGAUAUUCGCACUGCAGAGGAGCAGCCAGAAAAAGGGCCAAGUCACAGCAUAAUUCCUCUUGCAGUAGUACUGACACUGCUAGUCAUUCUGGCCAUUGUCGCACUUUCCUUCUGCAUGUACAAGCAGAAUGGUGGCUUCUUCAGAAGACUUGCAGGAUUUCGGAAUCCUUACUAUCCUACAACCAACUUUAGUACAGCACAUUUAGAAGAAAAUAUUCUCAUUCCUGAUCUUGAGAAGAGUGAACAAUAAUAAUGAGGUCAGAGAAUGCCACAGCCACCGAUUGGAGUGCUAACUACCUUCAUUGGAAGAUUUAUCCCAUCUGUUCCCUGACUAUUGUCAAAGAACACGCUACAGAAAAAGUCUGGUGAAAACAAAGUGAAGAGCAUGUUGCUAAGAACCUAACAUCUUAUGUUAUCCAGAAGAAAGUCCCAAGACUUGAUUUAUCUUAGAUUUCCAUGUGAGGUGUGAGCAUGAGUAUUAACAAGCUUAUUUGAACUGAAAAAUGAAAUCAGAACUUUUCUGAACUUUUUUUUUAUUUGGCUCAUUGGUUUGACAACAAGGAUUGACUUUACCAAUUACGUUGUAUGGUGAACAUUUUGUAUUAAUUUAAUGAACUAAAUCUGCUCCUCUUGUGUUCUGGUUAAAGCUUGUAAUAUGAUAAAGACAUUUUAAUAGAAAAAUGGUAUUGACCGAACUAUAAUGAAUUAAUAUUUAACUUUUCCCAGCCUUCAUUUGUACAUCAGGUAAAGCACAGUGCCUGUAAGUGAAAGAGUAAUAGGCAUAAUGAACAGUUAUUUGAAAAGUCUUUGUAAAGCCUUUUAGUUUUACUUCUAGGAAAUUGACAUGAAUCAUUCUAAUGACUGGGUAACAAAUCAUUUUGCAAAUAGCAUUUUUCCAGUUCUUUGCUUUAAGGAAAACUGAAGGAGGACAUAACCAAGCAGCUAGGUGAUAGAUGAUAAAAAGUAAUUUUUAAUGUAGAAUCACUGUUUUUUGGCACCUAGGAGAAAGGAAUUCAAGUAAUAGAGGGAUAUUGUUAUAACGAACCUCCUUUUAUUCUCAUCUACUUAUUUAUAUGAACAAAGUUUAUAUGUUAGGCAGGAUAGGUUAGAGUAUGCUGUGGAAACAACCCCUGUGAUAUUAAUGAUUAAAAAAAAAACUCAGAAGUUAAUUUCUUGGUCAUGUGAAGCCUGUUAUGAUCAGGACACUUGCCUCCAAGCAGUAACUCACAGAUCCAAGCUGUGUCCUACCUGCAGAACAUGGGGCUUCCAGUGCUGCUAUGGCACUAGAGAUCUGUUAAGUUCCCGGGUUUAGGAAGCAACACGUGGCAGUUCCACUCGCAGGUCAUUGGCUGGAAUUAGUCACAUGACCUAACCUAACUGAAAGGAAGUCCAGGAAGUCUUCUGCUUUGUGUGCUCAGGAAGGAGAGGAUAACUGUCUACAGUUAGCACUAGCAAUCUCUACUAGAGUUUCUCAGCAUGUAUACGUGCAAAAAAAGAGAGAACAGAAUUGAUGCUGAACCUUGAUGCAUACUAGCAAUUUUUAAUUAAUACUAAUUAAUUUUUAUCUAUGAUACAUCCAUUUCAUUAAGGGAUCCAUUUGCUAUCAUUUUAGUUUGACAUAUACUAAUCUUAUUUUAAUCUCUGUACCAUAUUUAUCUUGUUCUGAUCAAUUGCAUACUAACAAUAAUUGAAAUGACAACUCAAUAUAGAAGAAAAUAUAUAAUACAUAGAGCCUAUGUUCACAGAGACUUCUUAAAAAAUAAUUUUAAUUUAUAUACAUAUUUUUACUGCAGCAAAAUAUGACAAGGUAAUGAAUAAAAUGUUUCACAAAUAAAAGUAUAUUUCUUUAGGAUAAAAUUCUGUGGGGGAGCUGGAAUGGAAUUACAAGAAUGAAAGAAAGUAAUAUCUCUGACUGCUGAAGAGGUUAUUUGUGUGUAUUUCUAUUUUAAAAUAGAUUAUGAUAGAAUCCAAAUUGUUGUAGUGUCUCCCAGUCAAAGGAACUUAGGCUUCUUGAGAAAGUGGCUGAUUCCAGAUCUACGGUAGAAAAAUACAACAUGAAACUGGAACAUCUUGUGAUAGCGGAAAAUAAGGAGGUGCUCACAAAAAGAUGCGGCAUAUCUGAAGGGUACAGGGACAACCUGAAGGAGCUCCCCAAUGAAAAAGUGGGAACAAUUGGAGCAAAAAAAAAAUUGUAAUACUUGAUUAUAACCCAUACAAUAAAUAUCCAUAGUUAUCCAUAUUUAUUGUAUGGGUUCUAAUCCAUGUAACCAUACUGAUGUAAACAAUUGAAUGAGAGAGUGAAUGAAAAGGAGAGAACUAACAGUUCUUCUCUGCGGUAGAAUUCCAAUUAAUAAAUGUAGAAGAGAUAGAAGAAACAAAAAUCUCUAUUAGGAAAACAUAACAGUAAUAAUUGUUGUUGGCAAGAUCUACCAAUUGGUGCUAAAGUUAUUGGGUGAAUGUUUGAGGAAAAACAGUAUUUGCAUAACGUUAGAGUAUUUCCCCCAAGAUAAUCACUAAUUACAAAGGGAAAGUAAUAACUUUAGAGAAACUUCUUUAAUCAAGGGAUCAAGGUUAACAGAAGCAGUAAUAAGCCACAUCAGCAUCAUGUAUCCCCUGGUAUAAUGCAUUUGAGAAGGUCACAUGACUUCUUUGGUAUCCUCCCCAAUAUGCAUAAACUAAAUUUAAUUAGGAAAAAACAUUCGACAAAUCCAAGUUGAGGGACAUUCCACAAAAUAAAUGAUCGCUUCAAAAAUAUCCAGGUCAUGAAAGAUAAGGAAAAAUUGAUGAAAUGUCAAGGAUUGGAGGACACUAAAGAGAUAUAACAGCUACAUGCAAGGUGAAAUCCUAAAUUGGAUCCUGGAAUAGAAAAUGGACAUUAUGGGGAAAUGAGAAAGUCUGUAGUUUAAUUAAUAGUAUUGUGCCAGUAUCGGUUUCUUUGUUUUGAUGAUUGUACCAUGGUUUUGUAAGAUGUACCAUUAGAAGAAGCCAAGGGAGGCUAUACAGGAACUUUCUGGACUAAGUUAGCAAUUUUUCUAUAAACCUAAAAUCGUUUCAAUAUAAAAAGUUAACAUUUUGCUAUGAUAUUAGGUUCCAUUGGAUAUAUUAAAAUGGUGGCAAGGCACUUUUAUUUUUAAACAUGAUUAGUAAUAAUAUUCUGAAAACUGCAUCCUAAUUAUAAAAAAUGUUGGCUGUCAACUUAGAAAUUCGUGAAGCGAUAUGCCUUCUUUCACAAUUCUAAAUUUAUAUGUAAGCCAAAAAAUUUGAGGACUGCUGCUCUAUGACAUUUUUUCUCUCCUGUCUUAGAUGAGAAGCAGGGCAAAACCCUGUGUGGCUCCAGCCUACCUAACACACCAUCCGCUUUAGCAUUAGGACCCAGACACGUCUUGCUGCAGGCCACGCUGGCUUCCAUCUGCUGCUCUCUUUUCUCUGCAGUCUUCUUUUGUGUCACUUCCCUGUCUCAUCAGCACUUCUAAUUCUCAUACUCCUGCUUAUCCCUUACAACAUUAUGCCUUAGUAUUAAUAGGGUAUGGCAGGGGAAAACUCAGUUUCCAUUCCAUUCUUAGAGAAGAAAAAUUGGGAGACAUUUCCAAAAUGGCAUGUACAUCAGAAUUCUUAUUGCCAAUAUUUAUAAGAAAUUUUGUAGGGAUUAUCAAGAUACAUGGUUGAAAUAUUUAUUCCCUCUUUCCCCACUUUUCAAAGAUUUAGAGCAGGGGUUGGCAGGGCCAAAUCUAGCCUGCAGCCCAUCUUGAAACUAAAGUUAUUGGAACACUGCCAUCCCCAUUCACUCACAUAUUGUGCAUGACUGCUUUCAUGCUUCCAUGACAGAGCUGAGUGGUUGCAACAGAGACCGAAUGGCCUGCAAAGCCUAAAAUAUUCACUUUCUGGACCUUUGCAGGAAGUUUGCCAACCUUUGAUUUAGAAAGUGAAAACCUAAAUGGGGAAGUCUUACACACUUUAACGUAUGUUAGCGAGCACUGUUAUGUUAAUGUAUAUGGGCGGCACUUAAAAUAUAUUAAUAAACAAUUCUGAUCAGUAAACAUUUAUUUAGAUCCAAUCCUACUGUGGCCCAGAAAGUGUCCUGUACUCUGAGGCUAUAAAUACUGAUAACACCCCAUCUCUUCUCUCAUAGAACUCAGUCUCAGGGGAGAGGAAUAUGUAAAUAAUAAGUGCAAUGCAAUGUGACAUAAAUAAUAUCAAGAGGAAGAGAAUCAGAGAAAAAGGGAGGGGGCUGAUUAAUUCUGUCAGAAGUAGAGAAGGGCUUAACAAACAAUAUGUAUUAAAUUGUAGGAAAUGUUAGAAAAAAACAGCUUUCUUUAAUAUUUUUUGAGUUAUAAAGCGAGUUUUUAGCUUGAGGUCAGAAUAUUUUUAGAGAAAAAUUUUAAAAUGUGCCUAAAUCUGAAAUUCUGGAUUUAAAAAAGUGAAAAUCCACAUGUGCCUGUAAUACCUAAUGAUGAAUUCUAAUUGCAGAAGAAUGCCAAUUACUAAGACCACAAAAUGAGCCCAAUGUAUACCGGUGACAUUCUUUACUCAGAGUUAAUUAACACAAGCACUUUUUUCUUGCAGAGCACUUUGCUGUAAUUUAGAACGAAUUAAGGGAAAAAAUCAUUCAAGUGCUGUUUUCUGCACACCAUGAAGUAAGCGUGAUGGACCAAAGUUAACUUAUUUAAAGUAUUAUCAUCAAUUUCUUGUAAUUAUGAACAGCAACACCAUCCUUUUUCUUCAAAAAAAGACACCCUGAUCUAUGCUGUUUUCAACUUGUGUCCUGUACUUCUAUUUAUUAAUGGAAAUUGAUUUUUCAAGAUUAAUAUAAAAUGUAUUUCUAUUUCUCCCAGUAAGUCUCUUAUGUAUAUUAGAUUUGAGGCAUGUAUUCCUGGAUAUUUUUCCAAUAAGCAUUUCUAAUAUAAUACAGCAAAUUGUUAAAGG